AUUCGUUUAAACUCUUCUUUCAGAGUUGAGGUUGGCGUUCGUGUUGAGGCCUACAACUGUGAGGAGUGGACCAUAGGCCAAGCACGGCAUAUUAACAGCGCUUUUCUGAUUUUUAAUGCUGUAAAUGACAAAGGAGAGCUCCUUACCUUUCCUAGAGUCAAACCCACUACAAAGGAUGGUUUGAGAAGAUAUUAUGGAGCUAUUGCGCGCAGAAGAAUUAGACUAACCAGAAAAUACAUCCUUUCCAAUAAGGAAGACAUUCCUUCCUCUGAUCUCUGGGAUACAAGCAACCAGGCAUACUUGAGUUAUAGCAAUGUAGCCACUCUGACAGUGCUGGCAACAAAAUGUGGAUGGGAAAUAACCAGCACUCUGGAUAAUAUCAAAAUAUUCACGCAUGAGGAGAGUGAUACUUUGUCUGUCAAGGUAGAAAUGCAAGUGAGGAUACCAUCAAAUCUAGCUUUCUUCCUUUUGUCUGACUUCAGACUCCGCAGGCAAUGGGACAAACAUUACUUAAUUUGUGAGGUCAUAGAGAAUGUGAAUGAAAAUGAGAAGAUAUAUCACAUUACAUCGCCAUCAGUGAAUGGAGAUAAACCCAAAGAUUUUGUAGUUCUUGUGUCUCAAAGACAGCCCUGUAAGACUGGUGAUCCUUACAUAAUAGCUGUGAGGUCAGUUACCCUCACAUCUGUGCCACCUUCUCCAACCUAUUGCAGAAGUGAAAUCCUAUGUGCAGGAUUCCUGAUCCACAGUGACGGCAACAACUCCUGUACAGUGUCUUACUUUAACCAAGUUACCUCUGGUGUUCUGCCUUACCUUGCUGCAAAUCUCACUGGCUCAUCAAAAUCCAUUAAGGACACUGCUUCUGCAUGCAUCAGGUUCUUGGAGAUGGACAGUAGCAAGAUUUACAAUAUUUUGUUUUAAGUAAAGUAUCAGGGGAGCUCUGAAGAUAAUAAAAAAAUUUUAAGUGCUGCAUGCGAACAUGAGGAUUCUCAAUAUCUAUAUCAUCUACUACAGUAGUUCUCAACCAGGAGUCUGGGGCCACCUGCAAAUUUUCGCGGAGGGCUGCCAAGCAGGGGCCAACAUUAAACUCACUGAGGCCCAGGGAAGAAAGCCAAAGCCCCACCAUACAGGGCUGACGAGUGGGGCCCUGCCAUCCGAGGCUGAAGCCAAAGCCCGAGCAACUCAGCUUUGCAGGG